UUUCUGUUCGCUCUGCUUCAUUUCUUGUGAGGUGUUCGCGACGUUAAGAGGGUUGGUCCGCGGACGAUUCCGUGCGUCAGAGCCAUCGCGCGUAAAUUGAUCACCGAAACACGACGAACAUUGCAGAUUGAUUAACUAGUCUCGUUCAUAGUGCACUCAUAAGCUGUUAUUUGAGAAUUUUUCGAUUUUAAAUACAUGUUGUUCUGAACAUGUAUCUGAGUAAUCUGCGCGCGUUAUCAGCACACUCCAUCCGCGCGCAACACCAAUGCGGAAAGCUCACCACAGUGCCGAUCCCACAGGAUUCACCAGAGCUUCCCAAACUACAGAAUGAAGCACCUCUUUAUAAGGGCAAAAGCUACGAACAGAUUACUGCCUUGCGAAAAACGUUUCUAACGCCGAAUGUGACUUCUUACUACAAAAAACCGAUACUCAUUCACAAAGGCAAAAUGCAGUGGCUUUACGAUCACGAGGGAAAACGCUACUUGGACAUGUUUGGUGGUAUCGUUACCGUUUCGGUGGGUCAUUGUCAUCCAAAAGUGAAUGCCGCUUUAGAGGAACAACUACACACCCUGUGGCAUACCACUAACAUAUAUAUGCACCCGAAGGUGCACGAAUAUGCGGAAAAGUUGGUGGCCAAAAUGCCGGGUGAUCUGAAGAACGUAUAUUUCGUCAACUCGGGCUCAGAGGCUAACGACUUAGCGAUGAUGAUAGCAAGGCUGUACACGGGAAACACUGACAUUAUUAGCUUCCGUAACGCUUAUCACGGAGCGUCUCCUUACACCAUGGGACUGACGGCGCAUUCCACCUGGCGCUAUCCGCUGUCCGGCGUCAGCAAUGGCAUUCAGCACGUGAUGAAUCCGGACCCGUACUCUGGCCUUUGGGGCGGCAAACACUGCCGUGAUUCUCCCGUGCAAACAACGCGCGAUUGUGCCUGUCGCGAACAAGACUGCUGCGCGUCGGACAUGUACUACGACCAACUAGAACAGACAUUUAAAUAUUCUCUACCGCGUGGUAAAGUGGCCGCAAUGUUCGCAGAGUCUAUCCAAGGAGUUGGUGGGUCCGUUCAGUAUCCCAAGAGUUACCUGAAACGAGCUGCGGAAUUAGUAAGAGCGAACGGAGGGCUGUUCGUUGCGGACGAGGUGCAGUCCGGUUUCGGAAGAACAGGAGAUCACUACUGGGGUUUCCAAGGCCAUGACGUACUGCCCGACAUUGUGACUAUGGCGAAAGGAAUCGGCAAUGGGUUCCCCAUCGGUGCUGUCGUUACGUCCCGCAAAAUUGCCGAGGUACUUACGCAAGCACUGCACUUCAAUACAUUCGGUGGCAAUCCGCUAGCAAGCGCCGUCGGAAUGGCGGUUCUCGAUGUCAUCGACGAGGAAGCCCUGCAGAAGAACUCGCUAGAAGUGGGAACAUACAUGUUGAAAGGAUUGGAGCGUUUGCGAGAUAAACAUGAUAUUAUUGGCGAUGUUCGUGGAAAGGGGCUGAUGAUCGGCGUGGAAUUGGUGGCCGAUAAGAACACGAGACGACAUUUAAGCGCUCCGCACUUCGUGGACAUCUGGGAAAUGUGCAAAGACAUGGGUGUACUCUUUGGGCGCGGCGGUCUGAAUGCCAAUGUUCUUCGUAUUAAGCCCCCGAUGUGCAUUGGCACGACGGAUGCUGACUACGCACUGGCCGUGAUCGAUUACUGUUGCGAGCAGCACAUGAAGAAACGCAAACGCGGCUGCAGACGAUGAAUGAACAGUGCAUCGCAAUUGUGAUAAGCUUAAAGAUUAAUCCGACUGUGAUUUCAUGGAUUGUGCAUUAUCGUUUCGCAUUAACUAGCCAUUCUUUCGAAGUAUUUUUUACCAGACUGUAAUCAUUCCCCAAACGGCAUUUACAUUUCUUUUUAUGAUGAAUAGAACGAGAAUAUCGCAGCAUAAUCAUGUUUUACUUUCAAGGGCAUACAACAAACAUUCUAGAGGUAGUGUGAAAUUUACCACGAAGACUCUGCAUUUUAACAAAUAAUACUGAUAGUGUAAUAAAACGUGUUUUCAUGCUAAUCGGUGUGCUGAGCCUCAAUUUUCCCACCAUCAUUUUGUGACAAACGACUAAUGCCCGACUAUGGAAGUGUUGUUGGCAAUACGCUUGACGACAUUGACAAGACUUGCACUGUUAUUUCCAUUGUAAAAUUAAUGUGAUUUCUUAAACAAUCGAAGAAUGAAGAAUGAUUCAUAAAAACGAAAAGACACCUUGAACAUUCUUUUCAAAAUUACUACAAAAAAGCAAUUCUCAUAAUAUGUGUUUUGUGUGUUAAGCAAUGUUCUAGAUAAUGGUUCUCAGGUAUACCUUACCACAAUAUAUUAUCCACAAAUGAGCACCGUUUGACACAGUAAAUUAUUCAUAUACGGUACGUAUGACCUACCCUGCAAAAAUAAAAAUAUAUGUAUUUAGUUGAAAACAUACAAAGCAAAUAUUACAUACAUACUUACUAGAGAAUACAGUACAUUUCAAAGUGCAGUUCAUAUCUCAUUGCCUUGAUUGUAGUGUAACGUUGAAUGGCAAGUUCAAG